AUGAUCCUGCCUAGUGUGAUUUUGCUCAACAGCGUUGUAACGUUAACAUUCGCUGAACCACCUUCAUCCGAUAGUGGUCAACAACUGUUACCUUCGCAGAACGCCGAAAUGCUCCUUCCUCCAUCACUAUAUUCCAUGAUCGAAAAGUCGGACCAAACGUUAAAUAGUCCAUUAGUCGCCAGUUACGAUACAAAUGAAAUAUCAACAAUAAAUGACAAAACGAAUGUAAAUAUGACUAGUAAUGAAGUUUUAAACGAAGUCGCCGAUAUAAUUUUCAAUGGCAUACCACAACAUGAAAAAGUAUUAGAAUUGUUGCUACAAGAUAUUCAACGAGGUAAUCAUUUAUUGCUAGUCGAGAACCGGGGAUCGGAAAAUAAUAAAAGCUCUGACGGAGUACUACAGCUUUUGAAUCGCCCAACGGAACACAUACAACUGCACCGCGACACAACGAUACAGUCUUUGACAUUACAACCCACUGUCAAAGAUGGCAUUGUAUUUUACGACGAUUCACCACUUAUCAAAGCCGUUAAAUAUGGCCAUGUGUUAGUUGUAGAUGAAGUGGACAAAGCGCCAACAAACGUGACAUGUAGCUUAAACAUAUUAACGGAAACCGGAGAGAUGGAAUUGAGUGAUGGUAGAAGGAUAGCUCCUAAGGAAAUGUAUAGCACUGAAGACAAAUCAGCGUAUUUUAUUCCUGCGCACAAAGAUUUUAGAAUAAUACUUAAGACUAGUAGAACUGGAUUUCCGUUCUUCAAGAAAACCUUCUCUGAUAAUUUAGGUCUCGGGUAUAGCAGCGUGCGCAGCGUCAGUGCGUCACUGCCGCAAGGAAAUCGUUCGAGCCGCUACCGCCGUGCUACUUCUGAGGGGAUAGGCACCAUUGUCAAAGCGGUCGGCACUAGCUCAAAGGUCACCACUGCCGUGAUGGGCGGCUCUGGCACGGGACCACAUACCGCUACAGCAGUAGCCUCAGGUAGAGCAGUCGCUAUUGCCACAUCAAUUACCUAUGGCUCGGGAUCCUCGACUUCUACGGCAAUUGCUUCCGGCACAUCAACUGCUUCUGCCUCAUCAUACUCAUACGACCGAGGAGUCGCCACUACUACAGCGAUCUCUGCCGGCUCGUCGUCCGCCAUCGCCGAGGCUAUCGCCAGAGGCGAUGAACGCAAAACAGACACAAAAAUUAAGGCCUGA